AUGAUUACUUUUGCCGUUCUCCAACGAACAGAUAAACUAUUCAAUAUGGCUUUACACUUCAACGAUGAUACUAAUCGCUCAUCGUUUCCAAUGUAUUUUGGUCGUCAAACGAAAUUUGGUGAUGCUGCUUCUACGCCAUUACAAUUGAUUAAAUUGCAUGUCGAACAGCAAGUGAAUGCAACAUUUCCACUUAUACAUCAAGUAGCAACAACAAUGACAUUUAAAAAUAAUUAUAAUCGAAUAUUAGAAGGGGCUUUAGAAUUUACACUACCUGAAAAAGCAACAAUUUGUGGAUUUGGUCUUGAUGUUGAUGGUGUUAUCGUUGAUGGUGUUGUUGUUGAAAAAGAAAAAGCUCGUAUUACAUUUGAAAAAGAAGUUCGAAAAGGUGUCGAUCCUGGAUUAGUAGAAAAAGUUCAAGGAAAUAUAUUUCGUACAAGAGUUUAUCCAAUACAACCUGGUGGCAAACGAAUAGUACGUGUCAUUUAUCAAGAUCAAGCACAAAUUGAAAAUGAUCAUUUUCUCUUUCAUAUUCCUAUCUAUUUUACUAAUAUUCUCGAAAAUUUGGAUAUUUCAUUGAUUUGUGCACAUACAUCAAAUCAUCGUCAACCAGAAUUUCUUCCAAAUAUUAAAUUUAAUCAACCUUUUAUCAAUUUAAAUGGCAAAUAUUAUUCUGAACUUCAUCUUGUCAAUGUUGAACCAUCGCAAGAUGAACAAUCUAUUACAUACAUGUUAAGAACUUUAGUAGCAGAACAAGUUAUGUAUGGCGUAGAAAUUGAUCCUGAUGAUCAUAGUCAAGCCUAUUUUGCUCUAUGUUAUAUGCCACCAUUUCCACAAUACAAUAAAAUCAUAACUACUAAUCAACAAACAAUAUCUAUUUGUAUACUAUGGGAUGCUAGUUUAAGUCGAGCAAAUAUUGAAAAUCGUAAUCAUGAAAUAAAUAUACUCAAGAAUAUGUUAGAUAUUUGGCAAUCAAAUGAUAUUAAUGUAAAUAUAACUGUAAUUAUAUUUCGAAAUGUACUUGAAGAACCAAAUACAUUUCAAUUAUAUGAUAAAAAUUAUUGGUCAAAACUCAAUCAAUUAUUAACUAAUCUAUCCUAUGAUGGUGCAACAAAUCUAUUUCAAUUAGCUACAAUUUCAACUAGUAUACCAAAUGUUACACACUACUUUUUAUUUAGUGAUUGUCUUUCGACAAUAGGUAAUGAUGAUCCAACAUUGUUGAGUCAAUUGACAACUAAACCAAUAUGGAUAUUUAAUGCAAAUAGUGAAUAUGAACCGACAAAUUUUUCAUUGAUUAACUAUUUAACUAAUAUCAGUGGUGGUAAUUAUAUUUCACGUGAUAAAAUUAUGGCUCAAAAUAGUGCAAAAAUUAUUGUUGAAUUGAUUGAUAAACCACAAUCUCGAUAUAUUAAUACAGAUAUUAUCAAUGAUACUAAUGUUCAUGAUAUUUAUCCAAGUCAUCCAAUUAUUUUAACAUCAAAUUCAGAAAGAUUCAUACUCGUUGGAAAAAUGUCAUCAACAGUAUCAACUAAAAUUUCUAUUAAUUUUUCUAUCUUAAAUCAAAUACAUUGUAAAGAACUAACAAUAGAUAAAGUAGAUUUGACAUCUGAAAAUUAUGGAUUAUUACGUCGUUUAUAUGCAAAACAAAUGUUAAUUGAAUUAACAGCAUUUCCAGAAAAAAAUAAACAACGUAUUUUAGAAAUUGGUAUGAAAUAUUCUAUUGUGAAUGAUUUCACAUCUAUACUUGUCUUAGAAACAUUACAACAACAUAUUGAACAUAAUAUAUGUCCACAUCCAUCACGUAAAACAUUAUACAAUGAUUAUAUAAAGUAUCAACAAAAUAAAACACAGCAAGAAUCAACAAAAAGUCAAGCCAAACUAACAGCUAUCUUAAAUCUAUGGCAAACACGUUGUACAUGGUACGACAGAACAAUAACGAAUAAAGAUCGCACAAAUGCAGUCAAAAGAAAAAGAAUUUCUAGUCCACGUAAUACAGGUGUACAUUAUGUAACACUAUCACGAGCUCGAUCAAAUCGUGAUACGCACAGGGAAUAUUUUUCAGAAAGACGACGCAAGGACAUUCACGAAUUGGAAUCCAUGAGUUUCGAUCAAGUUCUUCGAUCAGAGAGAUUAUCACCGUUAGAAUCCGUCUCCUUCGAACCGGGAAAUGAUGCACAAUUAUUUGACGACGAAGAUGAAUUUUUCGCUGAUAAUAGGCCUAUUACUCCUAAUCGUAGCAAUAUUAUUACUAAUACUCAUUCAAUCACUCUUCAAAAUUGGGAUCCACAAACACCUUACAUGGACAAAAUUAAAUCAACUACUAAUUCGCAAACAGCUUAUCAAAUUUAUUUAGAUGAACGUCAAUCAUAUUUGAAAUCACCAUCAUUCUAUUUUGAUAUAGCAUCUUAUUUUUUUUCAAAAGCUCGUUCAUCAAUGUCGAAUCCAUCAUCAAUUGAUAUAUUUAAUAAACAUCAUUCAAUUUCCAUUUUUGGUAUCGAAAAUUUUUCACAGGAUACUCAUCGUAAUAGUGAUAAUGAUAAUUAUGAAUUAUUAGGUUUACGUAUUUUAACAAAUGUAUUAGAACUAGAAUUAGAAUCACCACAAUUAUUACGAACUGUUGCUUAUAAACUUGUUGAAUUUGGUCUUCUUAAUUUAGCUGAAAAUAUUUUUCGACAUAUUGUAACUUUAAGAUCAGAUGAACCACAAUCAUUUCGAGAUCUAGCAUUAUUAUUACAAGAAUCUAAUAUUCAAAAUAAGAAUAUAAUAGAAAUAUCAGAUCUAUUUAAGAAAGUUAUAUUUGGUAAAUGGGAUAAUCGUUUUACUGAAAUUGAACUUACAACAUUACAUGAAUUUAAUUGGUUUAUAUGUGAAUAUCAUCAACAAAAUCAAAUAUCAAAUUCAAUUGAUAAUCGUCUUAUUCGACAUUUACCUGUUGAUUUAAGGAUCGUUAUGGUUUGGGAUACAAAUGAUACAGAUGUUGAUUUACAUGUUAUUGAACCGACAGGUGAAGAAUGUUAUUAUUCUCAUAAAAAUACAGCUAUUGGUGGUAUGAUAAGUCGUGAUUUUACACAAGGGUAUGGACCAGAAGAAUAUCUAAUUCGAAAAGCGAUCAAAGGUACAUAUACAGUUCGAGCAAAAUAUUUUGCUAAUCAUCAACAAAGUCUAACUGGUGCAACGACAAUCAUGGUGCAUAUCUAUAAGUAUUAUGGUCAAUCGAAUCAACAAAAAGAAAUUGUAACGCUACGAUUAAGUAGUAAUCAAGAAAUGAUCGAUAUUUGUAAAGUGGAAUUUGAUGAUGACGUCGAACAAAAAUCAAAAAAUAAAGCAACAUAUGAUCAAGACUCGAAUAUGACUAUUCAUUCAAAUGUUAUUUGUGAUGGAUGUGAUAUGUCACCAAUCAAAGGAGAUCGUUAUAGAUGUUUAUUUUGUCCAGAUAUUGACUUUUGUCAAUCAUGUAAGUCGGCAAGUAAAACAAAUUAUGAGACGAAUCAUCAGUACAAUCAUACCUUAUUAUGUAUUAAAGAUUCAAGUGAAUAUUCAGAGUCAUUUUAUUUAAAGAAUCGUACUGAUAUCGAUCAUGCAAAUAUUCAAUGCAAUUCAUGUUUUAUAAAGCCAAUAAUAGGUAUUCGUUAUCAGUGUAAUUGUGGAAUAAAUUUAUGUGAAAAAUGUGAAUUUACGGGUUUACAUGAUCAAAGUCAUCAUCGUACAAAAAUAAUUGAUCCAAUUUAA